AUGUCCUCGGUAUUUCCUCUCCAACUCCCUGUCAAGACGAAACCUUCGAGCGCACAUACCGAUAUUAUCAUUCUAGGUGGUUAUGAUGUCUAUAAGGGUCCGCGAAACUUGGAUCCUGCAGUUGUCUCAGGAGCACAGUGGCCGGUAAAUGAGCCUUUGGCAGUUGUACCUGCAAUGGCCGCCGCCACCAAAAACAUUGGCUUCGGAGUUACUGUAACCACAACAUACGAGCAGCCCUACCAUCUCGCAAGGCGACUGUCAACGGUUGAUCAUCUUACCAAGGGACGACUCGGAUGGAAUCACGACGAUCGCUACGCCGUGGCAGAAGAGUAUGUCAAAGUGACCUAUAAGCUCUGGGAAUCAUCCUGGCGCCAAGAUGCCGUUGUUCGCGAUCGCGAGCGCGGUGUCUACACGGAAACAGAUCGCGUACGACAGAUCAAUCACUCUGGAAAGUAUUUCAACGUGCCAGGUCCUCAUCUCACUCAGCCGAGUCCCCAGCGCACACCGGUCAUCCUGCAAGCCGGUACUUCAAAGGCCGGAAAGACCUUUGCUGCACAACACGCGGAAGCCAUCUUCGUGGCAGGUCAUAGUCCAUCAGUUGUUGCAAAGAAUGUGGCGGAGAUUCGUCAACUCGCUCAGUCGGAGUUUGGACGAGACCCGCAAAGCAUCAAAUUUCUCGCCUUACUCUGCCUGUCUGCCGUCGAAGGUUGGUCAAAGGCUACUCCGGAAGUCGCAAAAUGGACCAAGGCCACUGUCGGUGAGCACAUCACGGUUGGUGGACUGGGGGCCACCCCAGUAGGCACGCCGCAGCAGGUGGCCGAUAAUAUGGAGAAAUGGGUGAAGGAGGCCGAUGUGGAUGGAUUCAAUCUGGCCUACGCCAUCAAGCCCGGUUCCUUCAAAGAUAUCAUAGAUCUUCUCAUUCCUGAGCUUCGUAAGAGAGGUCUGUUCUGGGACGAGUACGCAGUUCAGAAAGGAACAUAUCGCGAGAAUCUGUACUCGCGACCGGGUCAAUCUGGCCCGCCAGCUGAUCAUCCAGCUGCGAGAUAUCGCUGGCAAGCUGGAGUUGAUGCAGCAGACCAUCCAGUUCCAGAGAACUAA